GGAAUGGGCGGGUCUCCGGCAUGAAUACACUGAAUACAGGUGUGAGGGGGAAAGCCAGCAGAAGAGGACCUGGACUGACAGAAGUAGACACUUGACCGCAGGAGUUACAGUUCGUCUAGUUCGCGUCUUUUAUAUUCAUGUCUUAGCAGCGCAUGUUUUCUGCCAUGUAAGACAUUGCAAAGAGAAGUUUUGACAGUAAUUCCUCUUGAUUUAAAGUCGUUGUAGAACGUUGCUGGAUUGAAAUACUUUGUUAACGCGUUAUUGGGAAUAUAUUUUGUAUUGAUGGCAACGCCAAAGCGCACUGGACGCGCUAGAUCUCAACUGCCACCGUGCUACCACGAAGGCUUUCUGGAAAAGAAGACUAUAAAGGACAAGGUGGGUCGUAAACUCUGGACCAGUUUAUGUGGAAAUUCACUGUUUUUCUUCAAUAGUACCAAAGACAAUGUUUAUAUAGAAAAGCUUGAUCUGUCAAAUCUGGUCUCCGUGUCUGAUGACGGCUGUCGUGACCGUAAGCUGGAUUCAGCUGGAUUCACUCUGCACAUGAAAAAUGAAGAUAUCAAAAUGAUUGCUCCUUCUCUUGAAGCUCGAGAGCUGUGGAAAGGCUUCAUACUAUCAGUUACUAAGCUGUCAGUCCCUGCAUCUCUGAACCUUCUUCCUGGUCAGAUUCACAUGAUGAAAGAAGUCAUUGGGAAAGAGAAAAUAAGACACCAAUCUUCUUCAUCGCCCGAUUGUCACCUCUAUGUACCUGUCAUUUCAGAAAUGCCUGCGUGUUAUUAUAAUGUUUCUCGGACGGAAGCUGAACUCAGACUGGAAAAGCACCCUGAACGGGGGAAUCUACUGCUGAGACCCCGCAAAGAGGGGGCAUCUUUUGCCAUAACCACCCGAGAAGACGUCAACGGAUCAUUAUUCAAACAUUAUCGUGUGUCUCGGAGGCCUGAAGGAGGAUUCUCAAUAGAUAUUGAGAUUCCUAUCCCCUGUAACACUUUGCAUGACGUUAUAAACUGCAUGGAGAAGAAGACCAAUGGUGUUUUGAAACCUUUCUUGAUGGAGGAUCACUAUGAAGAGACUAUCAAGUAUUUUAAAGCCAAUGAAGAGAAUGGCGAGCUAACUGUCCAUGAUGCCACCAACAGCCAUUUGGGUUCUCCACCAGCACCACCCUCGAAAGCAGCCAAUGAGGAGACUUUUGAGACGAGUGUCCGUCAGGCCACCAACAGCCCUUUGCCUUCUCCACCGGCACCACCCCCCAAACCAGUCAAAAGGGAUCAAAGAGCCGAUUCAGACACACCGGAAAGCAUCUACCUCAAUGAACCAGGUUUGCCGUGUGAGUUUAGCGAGGAUGAGGAUGAAGUAGAUUUUAUGUGUGCUGGACCUCCUGUAGUGCCACGUCAACCAGUGCGAUUGCCUCAUCAGAAUUCUAUGCCCUCACUUCUGAACACAUGUGGUGAAAAAAAAGCGUUGAAACCCCCCGGCUACCCAAACCGUGUUCCCCGAAGCCAAAGUGUCUCAGACAUGUUUGAGAACAAAUCUCAGCAAGGACCUCAACCUCCAGCCUUUACAGAGGAACUCAAGCUGUUAUUUAAGAACCGACGAGCCAUUCCGGAAUGAUCUCAUGUGGUAUAUUAACAGUGACACUUAUGGUUGUACAUCUAUACCGGGAGAGAUGGAUCUUCGUCCACAUCAGCAGGCCAGGAUGGAAUUGGCGGGAACUCUGAACUCUUUUAUAGACGCUGACCGUAAACCACUGCUUUGUGUGCGUGUGGUCAUCAUAACUCGUAACAAAUGAUGUGUUUCUCUUGUACUGUAGCUACUUAUUAACUUACUGAUAAGGGAUUGAUCAGAAAUCAGUCACAUGAACAGUAAAGAGCAUGUGAAGUACAGUAACAAUGUUCUGACUUCCUUAAUGUCAAAUAGCUGGCCUAUAUUUCUCUUUUACGCCUCUCUGAUACACAAAUCUUUUCCUAUAAAGAUCAAAGUGUUGUUUGUUGAGCUCGAUUGUCAAUCUUUCAUAUCGUCUGUUGUUCAAGAGAAAAGUUGCAGGUCUUCUUUAUCUGUGUAUAAAAUUGUAAAUGUUUUUCUGUGUAAACCGAUCACUGUUUUAUAUGUUUUAAGA